AUGUUGCUGCCCUCCAUGCCGGGAUCCUCGCCCUCUCCAGUCGCUGGCUACAGUGGGGGCGGCGACGGCUCGCACUCCGCCUCCACCAUCGUCGCCGGCGCUGUGACCGGCUCCCACGUGCUCAAGAUCGUGUCCUACUCCCGCACCAAGGAGGUCCCCAAUGGGCAUCGCAUCGACUCCUUCCACUUCCACCUGGGAGGGCACACCUGGUUCGUGGCGUAUCACCCCAAUGGAUGCGCCGCCAACAACGUCGAUUUCAUAUCGUUGUUUCUCGCCAUCCAUGGUGCAGUACCCGGCAAGGCUGCGAAGGCGCAGGUCACCAUCAGCUUACUCGACCAGGACGGGAAGCCGGUGCCGUCCUACACCAAAGUCACCGGAUUCGUGGAGAAAGGGAGCUGGGGAUACCAUAAGUUCAUCGAGAGGAAAGCUCUGGAGAAAUCCGAGCAUCUCAGGGAUGACUCCUUCACCGUCAGGUUCGAUGUGACCGUCAUGAGGGACAUCCAAGCCGUGGGAACGCCGUCGGUGGUCGUGCCGCCGUCCGACAUGCACCUGCACUACGGUGAUCUCCUGCGCAGCAAGGAGGGCGCCGACGUCAAAUUCCGAGUCGGCGGGAAGACAUUCUCUGCUCACCGGCUUGUUCUCUCGACGCGGUCGCCGGUGUUCAAAGCGGAGCUCUUUGGUCCGAUGAAAGAGAGCACCACCACCAAGGCCAUACGCAUCGAAGACAUGGAGCCAGCGGUGUUCGAUGCGCUGCUCACCUUCAUUUACACGGACACCCUGCCAGAGACGAAGGACGGAGAGGAAUGUGCAAUGGCUCAGCAUCUGCUUGUCGCCGCAGACAGGUAUAACCUGGAGAGGCUGAAGUUGAUCUGUGAAGACAAACUGUGCAAGUAUAUCGAUACGUGCUCUGCUGCGACCAUCCUAGCAUUGGCUGAAAAGCACAACUGUCAUGGGCUUAAGGAUGCAUGCUUCGCGUUCCUAAGCUCAGCUAAGAAUCUGGAUGCAGUCAUGGAAACAGAUGGUUUUGACUACUUGACAGUUAGCUGCCCCGGUGUUCUGAAACAGCUGCUCUCCAAAUUUGUUCCCCGUUGA